AUGCAGCCGUGGGCACCUCCGGCGGGCGGCCGCCGCCAGCGCGAGCGCUCGUCCAGCGUGGUGCUGCUCGGCAAGAUUUCGGCCAUCGUGCGGCGCGGCAGCCUGUUCCAGGCCAACCCGGAGGACGCACGCGGCAGCAGCAGCAGUAGCAGCGGCAGCUACGAGGACAAGGAGGACGACGCGAUGGCGGCGGCGCAGGCCGCGCGCCACGCGCGACGCAGCAGUAUCGCUGGGACGCCCACGCAGUCGGGCAUGACGAUGUGGGAUCCGAGAGCUAGCGGGAGCGGCGUGCGCGCGCAGCGGUUCCAGUUCUACCCGACGCGGACGCUGGUGGCGGCGGCGUUGGCUCGCCCUCUGAGUCCGGAGGAGAUCUCGAGGAGAGGAGAACUUGAAGCGCAGAUCGGGGACUUUGCUGCCAUGCACGCGGGCUUUGCACCGGCACCUCCGCUGCCGGAUGAACAGGAGGAGAAGGAGGAACCGCAGGAGGAAGAAAUGGACAACAACGAGCAGGAGACCCUUGAGGAGGAGGAACGGCGAGCUACUAUUGACGUUGAGGAGGAGGAGGUUGCACAAGUUGGGGCUGGCAGGAGAAGCGGAGUGUUUGGAGAUGACGAGGCAUUGCUGGACUUUGACCACGUGAGCAUGCCCGCAAGCGUGCGCACGCUGAUGAGCCGGAUAGAGAGCGCGAGUCUGCUGACCGAGGCGGAGGCGGCUGUCGUGUCGAACCAAGACGAGGAAGAUGGCGACGACUCGGACGAUGAAGACGAGGACGAAGAUGUUAACCAGAUCGACGACGUCGAGCAGCUCCAUCUGGACAACAACGACGAAGAUGAAAGAUCCAGCGCCGCGGAAGAAGAGACGAUUGCCCAUGUCGCGCAGCAACUGGUGCAGGAGCUAAGUCCGGCGGAGCACCGAUUGCUGCAGCGACGACGCACCCGCCUUCUGAGCUGUGCAGCCGAGCGAGCCGCCCAGUCAGCGCAAGACCAGCUGACUUCAAGCGUGCGGCGGUUAGUGAUCGAGCUGAAGGAUGACUCUGACCAGAUGCGCCAACCGCUAGCUCAAUCUUACGGAAUCCGCCCCAAGUCCAGAGAGACCCCGACGCGGAGGAGAGCAGGGUCAUGCCCGAACGCAUACGACCUGGGGCUGGAGGGUUUCAUGCCGCCUCAAGAUGUCUCGCCGAUGCCCACACCACCAGCAGUACGACCUGCGCUCAUUCCACAAGACUUUCAUCCUGGCAAGAAGCAGAAGAAGAGCGCGUUCUCAAGACUUGGUCCACGCGUGCUGGAGACACUUCACUUACGGAAGAAGCGGAAGACAUACCUGUUCACGGACGAAGAGCUGGAGACCAUUGAAGGUGCGCGGUGGAAGAUCGUUGAGUUGGCUUUCCGAUUCGGCGGCAAGCACCGCUCGUAUCUGGUGCAGGCUAUCAACAUGUUUUUCCCUCUUCUCAAGUAUGGGCGACGUGGUGGCGCUCACGCCACCAGACUUCACUGCAACUGCUGUGGAACACUGCAGUGGCAGCACAAGCGCGGAGGAUUGAGUGAAGCCGUCGACUUGGCUGAGGUAUUGCAAGUGCUGGAUGGCAGACAGACGGCUGUGUUUCGCAAGUAUGCAUCCAGCCGUAUUCUGGAGGCUUGCUCGUUUUCGGUGGUCUUUCGAGGACGCACGCUAGAUCUCGAGACUCAAAGCUCAAGUCACCGCGACUGGCUUGUCAGUGCUUUACGCACUCUCGUAGCCUACGCACGACGGCAACGGCGCAUUGAGCAACAGGCCAUUGCGGAACGUGGAAUCCUGCCGCUGGACGACGAACCGAGGCCUGAACUAGCUUCACCCACACAGACGUCGCCGCGAAGGGCUCAGACCACUCGACGACUCGAUGACAGUCGCGUGAUGGCGGCCAUUCCUCCGAACUAUAAGAUCCGUAAUGUGUACUAG